UUUUGCUCGCGAAUAAAAAUGAUUCCUCUCCAGCGAGUGCGAGAGGAGAAGACACCUGAUGAGACAUCAAGCUUUCUCGCCCCCUUCUUUUUUUACAGAGAAUUCUAUAAAUUCGCGACUACAAACGACAGAAUCUCGUAUUCCGUCCCACUUUCUUCGUCCUAGUCCCCCACGAAUGUAGGUCUCCCCACCGGCAUCUGUCUGUCUCCGCUACCAUCGUGUAAUACUUGGCGAUCGAAGGAGAGGGAAACUAUGUGCGGGUGUCCAUCCUAUACAUUUAACCAUUCGAUCGACUGCUAGUCCGGUUUGUCCGUAGACGAUCGACGUCGGAUAUGAGUGCAUUAUAUAAUUAUAUGCCAGGAUACAUUAUAUGUGUGUCCGAUUAAUUUACUGUGAUUGCUUUCCGAAUGAUCGGUCAAUUGAAAGGAGUUUUUUUUAUAUUGAGAUACUCUGUGUAAUAUAUAUUAAAAGACUUUUUGUUUAAAAACAAUUAGUAUGUGCCAAAUAAAAUUUCAGAACCCGACGAAAUCUUCUUCGAAAAAAUGAUUUGUAAAUAACUGCAAAAUGCGUUGUUCCUGCCUUGUAUUUGCGCGAAAAGUUCAAACGAAGAAUAUCGAAUUUUGUACGGGGAUUAUUCCCUCGUUUCGCGAAGAGAACUCUGAACUGCAUAAUAUGAAGAAGUAUAAAACCACGUAACGCAAUAAUUCACGAAAAAUCAGGACCGAUACUUUGAAGAAAAUGCAUUCGAUGUACUUGAUGCUCUUUCUUAUCGCGUCGAUAUGCAGCAUGUCCGCGCAACCAACGUUCUUCAGGAACACAUUCAAGGGAUUGAAUAGCGUCUCUUCGAGCGCUUCCACUCUCGCGAGUGACGAGAUACGAGUCGUUUAUUAUCACGAGCAGACGGUGGCGGUGAUCAAUCUCGGGCCAAACAAUGAAUUACGCGACUGCAACAUUAUCGAAGUAUACGAACCGUCCGAGGCUACUGAAGUCUUACGAAACUUAUCCAUGUCCUUACAACCACAAGUGGUGUCCUUUCAGGAGAUGACGAGACUCAUGCAACAGUGUGAGUUGUUGGAGAAACUCCAAGUAAAAGCCACGACCGCUUUGCCCACAAACGCACUGAGCAGAGCCGCCAGUUCGAUCACUCUGCUCUCUGGUAUUCUACCAGGCACAAAAUGGUGUGGUACAGGUGACAUAGCUGAAAAUUAUCACGAUCUGGGCGAUCUACCUCACAUCGACAGAUGCUGUCGUACCCACGAUCUUUGCCCUAUAAAAGUCCGAGCUCAACAGACCCGAUACAAUCUUACAAAUUAUUCUCUGUAUACUAAGUCACAUUGUACUUGCGACAAGGCGCUUUAUCAGUGCUUAAAAGCUGCCAAUCACCCAACGGCUAAUCUGAUGGGACAGAUAUACUUCAAUAUCGUCAAAGUCCCAUGUAUAGAAGACACAAGGAAAAACCGAUAUUCUUCCUCGGAAUCGUCAAGAAAGUUUGUACCUGUGAAAAGUGAAUAUUAAAACUCGACAAUGUGUAUAAUUACUAAUACAUGUAAACCAAAUGCAUGAUUUAUUCAAAAGUCUAAUAUAAAUAUGCUCCGUUAAAGCUAAGUAAAAUUAAUCCAGAAUUAUAUAUGUAAACUGUAAAUAUAUUUUUUUAUUUUUGAA